AUGGCGGUCUACUCUGUGAUCACCAUAAUAGCAAUUACCUGGCUGCUGUAUAGGCUUGUCCAGCUAUUGAGCAUUCCGGUUUCAGCCUUUGUGGAAGCACUAAAUAUUGAUAUGUCCUGCAUUACUAAAGUUACGAUUGAUAGAAUAACUCCAAAUAGCAUUUCAAUUCGAUGGGACAAUGAAUCUUUUCGAAAUAAUAAAAACCCGAUAACCUCGCAUUAUACAGUGUUCCUAAAUGGACGCAAAAUCGGAAGCUUUCCAGAUAGCCCCCGUUCAUUGUUUACAUGUUGCUCGAUAAAAAAUCUCAAGCCACUAAAUCGGUAUACGGUGGACAUUAUUGCAGUUAGAAAGGAUGGUUUUGUUAAUAAGUUGCCACCUUUGCAUAUUAUGACCUGCUCGGAAGAGUUCCCGGCAGUCCAGGAAUGUGGCAUCGAACAAUUGCGGCAGUUGGAUUCCAGAACGGACACAAACCCUGUUAUCGGUAGCCUACCGUCCAAUAAAGGAGAUUCAUUUAAGUGGGAGCCUUUAAAGUUGAAGUCUAGCACAUCAGUUUUGAAUAAAGGGCUCGCGUCCGCAUAUUCGUCAUACACAACAUUAGAAGAUCUAAACGAGCUCACCAUUGAAGAUUUAAAAGAUAUCUUUGCAUAUGCACAGAAUGACCUACAAGACGUACUGAAACAGCGGGAUUAUGUUGCUCUUGACCUGCAAACCGCUAGAACUGAACUUCAGUCACAGCUUCAGAGCUUAAAAUCCAGAUGGAAUGAUGAAAGCGAAGUCCGUAAAUCAUUGAAGGCGACGUUAAAAUCCUUGGAGAACAAUAAGGUAAAUAACGACCUAAAGAAGGAUAAAUUGAUGAAAAACAUUGAAACGGUAUCCAAUCGCUUGAAAAGAAUGAAAGCAGAGAUGGAACAAUGGGAGUUAGAGCUACAGGAAAAACUAGAUUCUGGGAACUUACUAAGGAAUUAUCUUUCUGACAGAGAGCAAUUGUCUGAAAGCAUAAAUAGUUCAAAAGAGCGGCUACGGAAUAUACAGAAAGAUAUUGCAACUAUCGAUCACCGUACGAAGGAGCUAAUCUCAUCGCGGAAAGCUUGGAAGACUAUUAAUGAUGAGCAUCAAGGGUCAGCAAUACCCUUAAUGAAGAGGCUCAGCGAUUCGAAAUUUUUCCUCGCUGGUAAUCUGACUAAAGAGUUAGAGAAAGCACUUAAGCUAUUACCUCAAGAUUCCCCAUUGGCCAUUUUUCUUGCAGAAGAACUAGGAAAAGACCGGACAAUUGAAUCGGACUGGGAAUCCAAGAAAGCCCAGUUUACUGAACGUAUAGGUUUUCUAAUAGCAUUACGUGAUAACACAAUUUUGAGAUACAAACAGUAUAGAAACUCUUUGACAGCUCAGCCAUACCAUCCAUUAUCUACUUCUAUUGCGGAGCGCACAUCGAGUCCAGAGACCCCAAUGCAAAUGAUUGUUGCACCUCAGCUUGUAUUACACGACCCGUCUACAUACCCUGAGACAGAUAAACUAUCUCAGGUUCCUACACAACCUGUAAUCAACCAUUUUGCACAGCCGGCUGCUUCUGAGUAUACUUCCUGGAAUCAUCAAUGGACAGCGUUUGAGCAGGACUCUAUCGAAGAAGAUGCUGCGUUCGAACAAGAUGAUACUAAUCAUUUAUUGUCAGGGUUACAAAGCAUUAUAUCAGACUCUGAUUACCAGAAUGGUGUUUCAACAUUUAAAACAUUCACCACUGAUGAACUAGAUAACUAUUGGAAGCAGACAGCCACUCAUGAAGACUCACAUCACAAUGAUCAUGGUUUCAUUUACAACCAAACUAUUAACGGCAAAAAGAAUUUCUCCCAGACCCGCUUCGUUGUACCGCAAGUGACUGAUAUUAGUCCAUCAACUUCUCUGUCAUCAUCGUCGGUAAUAUCUCCCGUUCAGCAGCUCUCGAAUUUGAAACCCGAAGAUUCAUCUCUCGAUCAAAUGAAAAUACACAGAGCAGCAAGUGCUGACAAUAGUCUUUUACAGCAACCUGGAUAUGAUUUGAAUGCUGCACCUGUUGCAACUGGCGUACCUGGUCUAACUGGUACAACUGGUGCACCUUCCAAUCCGAGAAUUCAAAGAGAAAGAUCUAAUUCGAGUUUAUUACCUGUUGCAGUAGCUGAAUUGCCAUCAUCUUCCGAACCUAGGUUCUUUUCACCGAAUUUUGGGAUAUGGUAUGAAUCCAAUAAUGCCUCUACUCAGUCUUUAGGCCAGAAGCAAACACCAAGGCCCCCGAUAGAAGCUUCGGGCAAAACACUUGAGCACUCACAACAGCCGUGGACCGCAAAUUUCAAGCACCAUCCUCACACUUACAAUGAUAUUGUGGAAGUUGCUGGUAAACCCAACCAUAAUGCUUAG